GGCUGCCCAGGGUGCCGGCUGAGGUCGUGACGUUGGGGCAGGGUGACAUUACUCUGGGCCCACGUGGUCCUGUGACCUACCCGUCUUACGAGGUCAGGCGGCUUCAGAGUAAGGCCGGAUUUGCACCCAAGCCGCUGCUGUCCUCGGGGCCGGAAGGAAGGGGGUGAGGCGGAGGCAGACUUCUCCAGCCAGGUGAACUCCUCGUCCCUCAGCUCUCCCACGGGCCGUGGCUCCAUGGCCGCCCCCUCGCUGCACCCCUCCCUAGGGCCUGGCAUGGGCUCCUCGCUCGGCUCCCCCGGACAGCUGCACUCGCCCAUCAGCUCCUUGAGCUCGCCCAUCAACGGCAUGGGCCCGCCCUUCUCCGUCAUCAGCUCCCCCAUGGGCCCCCACUCCAUGUCCGUGCCCACCACACCUACCCUGGGCUUCGGCACUGGCAGCCCCCAGCUCAACUCGCCCAUGAACCCCGUCAGCAGCAGCGAGGACAUCAAGCCCCCGCUGGGCCUGAACGGCGUCCUCAAGGUCCCGGCCCACCCCUCAGGGAACAUGGCAUCCUUCACCAAGCACAUCUGUGCCAUCUGCGGGGACCGCUCCUCAGGCAAGCACUACGGGGUGUACAGCUGCGAGGGCUGCAAGGGCUUCUUCAAGCGGACGGUGCGCAAGGACCUGACCUACACCUGCCGGGACAACAAGGACUGUCUGAUCGACAAGCGGCAGCGCAACCGCUGCCAGUACUGCCGCUACCAGAAGUGCCUGGCCAUGGGCAUGAAGCGGGAAGCCGUGCAGGAGGAGCGGCAGCGGGGCAAGGACAGGAAUGAGAAUGAGGUGGAGUCCACGAGCAGCGCAAACGAGGACAUGCCGGUGGAGAAGAUCCUAGAGGCUGAGCUGGCUGUGGAGCCCAAGACUGAGGCAUACGUGGAGGCGAACGUGGGGCUGAACCCCAGCUCGCCCAACGACCCUGUCACCAACAUCUGCCAGGCAGCGGACAAGCAGCUCUUCACCCUGGUGGAGUGGGCCAAGCGGAUCCCGCACUUCUCCGAGCUGCCCCUGGACGACCAGGUCAUCCUGCUGCGGGCAGGCUGGAACGAGCUGCUCAUCGCCUCCUUCUCCCACCGGUCCAUAGCUGUGAAGGACGGGAUCCUGCUCGCCACCGGGCUGCACGUGCACCGGAACAGCGCCCACAGCGCGGGGGUGGGCGCCAUCUUCGACAGGGUGCUGACGGAGCUUGUGUCCAAGAUGCGCGACAUGCAGAUGGACAAGACGGAGCUGGGCUGCCUGCGUGCCAUCGUCCUCUUCAACCCGGACUCCAAGGGGCUCUCGAACCCGGCCGAGGUGGAGGCCCUGCGGGAGAAGGUCUACGCGUCCCUGGAGGCCUACUGCAAACACAAGUACCCCGAGCAGCCGGGAAGGUUCGCCAAGCUGCUGCUGCGCCUGCCUGCCCUGCGCUCCAUCGGCCUCAAGUGCCUGGAACAUCUCUUCUUCUUCAAGCUCAUUGGGGACACGCCCAUCGACACCUUCCUCAUGGAGAUGCUGGAAGCCCCGCACCAAAUGACUUAGGCCUGCUCGCCCGUCCUUCGUGCCCACCAGUCCGGCCACCCUGCCUGGCCGCCAGCUGCUCUUCUCAGCCGAGCCCCGUCCCCGCCCCUUCUCUGCCUGUUUGGAUUUUGGGGCGCAGCCUGUCACUGCUAAGCCUAAGAGAUAUGUUGCCACCUGCGUUAUUUUUAAUACUGCUCACAUUUGGACCUGGGCAGUGGCUUCCCGGGCGGUGGCCAGAGUGGCCGGAACUGGUGUGAGCCCAAGCUGGCCCAUCAGGCUUUCCCCAGGGGAGCUGGGGCGGCUCCCGGAGACCCCCACACCUGGAGCCGCUGCUGGGGAGGGCGGCGUUGUUUUGGUCAUGUGUCGCUGGCUUUUGGAAUCUCCUGGGUGGUCCUCCUCGGUUUGGAGUGCCCCCUCUUGGCUCCUGUCAGUGCUGGUGCCCGGCCAGCUUGGCCCCACCCAGGAUCAGGAGGAGGGGACAGACUCGGGGGGGCACUGAUGUUUCAUUGCCGAAGACCCCAUGUGCCCUCCGGGAAGACAAGACGGCCUCUGGGGCAAGCAGGCUUCCCUGCCUUCAGAGUGGAGGGUGAGCACCUUUUUCCAAAGAUGACUUGUGAUUUCGUCCCCAAGCCAAUCAGAAUGGGAGCCGACUUCUGUGCAGGGUUUGGGGUCACCCAUCCACCCCUCCCGCCUUGGUUUUCUCUGUGCAUCUUCCUGGUUUCAGCUUCUUCCCCUGUGCAGUCCUGUCCAACCCAGGGCAACCACACAGCAGUGCCACCCUCUCCUCAAACCCACAUUUUCUCUUAGUCUAUAAGGAGGGCCAAGGCUAGCCCCUGGUUCCUAGAGGGCUAGCCCAGACACGGGCCCUGCUGAGCUCUCAUGGGCAGAGGUCGCCACCCGGGAGGUCCCAGGGAUGACAGGGGAGGAGGACGGCUCCCUAGAGGGUCUUCGAGCAGCUGUGCAUUUUCGGGGGGAGGCAGGAGGCCCACGGGAGGCAUUGAAACCAGAGGGCCUUGCGGGCCGUCAGCCAGGCAGGGAGGGGCGGCGGGGGCCUGCGUCCUGCAGUCUGCUGGUAGAGGGGCCUCUUCUCUGGCUGUGUUCUGUCUAGAAGGCGUGGAAUUGGGGAACUUCGAGUGCCGGCGUCCUCAGGCUGGCGCUAGAUGCCCCUUGGGAACAGCCAGCCCGCUGUCUUGCACGCAGCCUUACGUGGGGGCUCCAUCUGACAUCUGCCCUGGUGCGAGGCUCCCCGUGCAGCCCAGCCCCCGCCUGUGCUGCGUUGCCACCAACCUGGGUGCGCACUCACGCGCUGGGCUGGGGUCCCUCAGGUGGAGCCGGCCCCUCUCACACUGCAGCGCCCUCCUUCUGGUCUGAGUCCUUUCCCUGUUCCUGCCUCGCACCCCACGAACCCCGUGUUUGUCAGUAGUAGGGCCUGGACGGGGACGGUAGGAGUGGGCUGUGCGGGAGGGGUCCUGUCUCGUCAGCCCCUGAGGGAUGCUCGGGAAUGCCGUCUCCCUCCUGCUGUCCCCCUGCAGCUCAGGAGCUGCCUUCCCCAAAGUUGGCUUCCCUAGAUGGCACAGGGUCGCCUGGGCUGGGCCUGGAGAGCCGCCUCCAGGCCUCCGUGGGGAAGAAAGUGGCCAUUCUUCUCCCAGAGUCCCUGGCCUGAGUGAGCACGGAUACCUGGGCAGAGGCUGUGGACCACUCCACCGAUGCCUCCUUCCACCCCGCCCCAACGCGGCAGCCGUGGAGGGCAUCCCUGCCAUGUGGGCACUCCCCCGACCCCCUUCAGGGCCUGCCCAGCUCCCCCUGCUCCCAGACUCUACCUGGAAGCCGUGGUGGCCUGUGGGGCGUGGUCGUCACAGGCAGAGUGACGCUGGCACCCGGGGUCUUCUUCUUGGGGUCCCCCGAUUUGUGGGAACCUUAGACUGCCCCCACGCAACACCCCUGGUGCCUUUUGCAGCCUGGCGCGCCCCAUCGUCCACGCCCAGUCCCUUCCGCUGCCCCAGCCCUUGGGAACAUGGGGGCCCUCUCCUGGGGUCAGCUGCUUCUUGGGAACUUGGCUGUCACCGGCCCUGGCUGGCUGUCCAGAAAGCACUGAGGCCCCAGGCCACAGCCUCCCGAAGCCAGACCCCCUCCCCACGCCCCCCUCCCCACCGCCCACAGGCCCACGCAGCCUCCCGCAGCUGCCUGCCCCCGGCCUCUUGGGCCUUCGGGGCUGUCCUCUCUCCUUGUCAGUCCGCUGUCAUCAUUGUCGUGUGUCCAGUGCUGUUUGUUUGAGGGGGUUACACGUUGGGGAGGGCCCCUUGCUCAGUGGAGAGGGUGAGUAACCAGGCCUUCAGUAGUAGUUCCAAUCUGGUUCGAUUAAGGUGAUUUUUUGUAAUUAUUAUUAUUAUUAUCAUUAUUUUGGUGGGACAAUCUUUAAUUUUCUAAAGAUAGCACUAACAUCAGCUCGUUAGCCACCCUUCCCUGCCUUGGCCUGGCUGGACGCUUCCUGGGCCCUGGGCUGCCAGUGCGUCUGACAUGUUCCUCGGCGUCACCUCCUGCUUUGACAUCCAGACGGGGCUUCCAGGCCCAGGAGUGAAGAUGACCACACCCCCUGCAGAAGGGGUCGGCAAAGCCAUGCUCUGGCUUGCCCCCUGACAGGUAUCUCCUUGGAAGCUGGCCUGCCCAGGAUGUUCAGCCAGCUGGCCUCGUCACCUAGAAGCAUGCGGUCUCUGGGGGAAGACGGCCCCACACCCUCGGUUUUCCAAGUCCCGACGUUCCCAAAGGAUUUAGGCUGGCAGGCAGGCGGCAGGUGCUGGAGACCACGCCGGAGCCCCUCCUCCGUGGGGGCCCAGGAGGGCCAGCCAGCCGUGCAGCCGGUGGGUAACCCGCUGAUGUUGUCCCCAUCAUGGAAUUAGGCGCGUGGCCUGGUCCCUGCCCACGCAGGUGUGGUGUAACACGUCUGUGCUGCACAGAGAGGAGCUGCGUGGAGCCGCACGCCGUCGGCAGCACUCGCGUAGCAGUUACCAACGUUCUGUGUUUGUUUUUAACCAAGACUUUUCCCCCCAUUUUCCUGUAAAUUUGCUUCAUGUAAGCAAGUAUAUAAGGACCCCACCUUUGGUGAAAUCCGGGUUCGAAUGAAUAUCUCCAGGCCAGGGGAUGCAUCUAUUUUAAGAUGCUUUGGAGCAGACAGCUUUUGCAGUUCCUAGUCCUUAGCAAUGCCUUAGCUGGCCGCGUAGCUCACAUUAGAGAGGAUGACAAAGACAUACAGAGAGUAAAGAUAAGAAAAUGUCUAAAGCAUCGGGAAAGGUAAAAAAAAAAUCUAUUUUUGUACAGACGUAAUUUUAUCCCUCGUGUAUACUUGGGUGAUACGGCGGGGGGGCUUGUUUUGUUUCUGCUUCCAGAGUCCGGGUGAAAGCUCGAAGUGACGGGCGGGCGGAGGCGGCCAGGGGAGGGAGGGCCGGGCGCGGGCUGGGCGGCCGCUGCCGGGAGACCCUUCCCUGUGGGCCGGGUGGGCCUGAGCCUCCUAGGGUCUUCUUCCCCUGUCGGGUCCUCGUUACAGCCUCGCUCUGCUUUGCCCCCGGCGUCAGCCGGCCUUCCCGCGUCCCGUCUGACUGUGAAACGCCUUCCGCACGUGGCGGUUCUCUGAGACAGCGCGGCCCGGGCCGGCAUGGACGGACAGUGGGCUGAGGAGUGUGGGGAGGAGAAAGCCGUGAGAGGAGAAACAAGCAAAACAUGAGCGUUUAAAAAUACA